AGUGCGGGAAUUUCGGCUAGAAUAAUAAAUAACGAUAAGGAUAGUGGAAAAGGAAACGCUCCAAACAUGAGUAACUGAAAUCGUCUCCUAUGCUAUGCGUUGCCAUGGUGGUUCUUGCAAGCUCUGCAACUUUCUCCGCCUCUCUUCACACUCGGCUUUCUAACGGAAGCCCUCGUUUUCUUCUCAGCUCCACUAAUUUUCAGGUUUUGCAAUGGAAAUCGAAAUCCCUAACUGUACGAGCUCUAGAAGCUCGAUUAUGGCGUCCUUUGAAUUGCAGGAGUAGAAAUUGCAGUGACUAUGAAGCAUUCGCUCCUAGACAGGAGCUCUUGUUGCUUCAUCCGAUACGGAUUAUCCGGAAAUGCCUCUCGUCUCGCCGAAGCCGACAAGGAGUAAUGAACUGUGCCGAAAAUUUUAGAAACCAUGCGUCCAUUCUUUUUGUCCGGUUGGUUGUUACGGUACUGCUUGUUACCUCAGUUUCGUUUGCUGCCAGCAAUUCGCCCUCUCGGGCGCUCAGUGAAGAGAAUCUUCUAUUCCUCGAGGCGUGGAGAACGAUUGAUCGUGCUUAUGUUGAUAAAACUUUUAAUGGACAGAGUUGGUUUAGGUAUAGAGAAAAUGCUUUGCGGAAUGAACCAAUGAACACGAGAGACGAGACGUACAUGGCUAUAAGGAAGAUGCUUGCAUCAUUGGAUGAUCCUUUCACUCGGUUUCUAGAGCCUGAAAAGUUUAAGAGUUUGCGGUCUGGAACACAAGGUGCUCUUACUGGUGUAGGGCUUUCAAUAGGCUAUCCUAUAGGUUCUGAUGGAUCACCUGCUGGACUUGUUGUUAUUUCAGCAGCUCCAGGAGGUCCUGCUAGUAGGGCUGGAAUUCUAUCUGGGGAUGUUAUUUUGGCAAUAGAUGAUACAAGUACAGAAAGUAUGGGCAUAUAUGAUGCAGCAGACCGGUUGCAGGGGCCUGAAGGAAGUUCAGUGGAAUUGACUGUUCGCAGUGGACCUGAAGUAAAGCAUCUUGCUUUGAUUCGAGAAAGGGUAUCUCUAAAUCCAGUGAAGUCAAGACUCUGUGAAAUUCCUGGCUCAGGAAAGGAUUCUCCUAGGAUUGGGUAUAUUAAACUAUCAUCAUUCAACCAAAAUGCUUCAGGUGCUGUCAGGGAAGCUAUUGGUGCUUUACGGAGUAAUAAUGUUAAUGCCUUUGUGUUAGACCUUCGAGACAAUAGUGGUGGUCUAUUUCCAGAAGGAAUUGAGAUUACCAAGAUUUGGUUAGAAAAAGGAGUGAUUGUGUAUAUUUGUGAUAGCCGUGGCGUUCGGGACAUAUAUGAUGCGGAUGGAAGUGGUGCACUUGCAGCUUCAGAACCCUUAGCUGUGCUGGUAAAUAAGGGAACCGCAAGUGCAAGUGAAAUAUUAGCUGGUGCAUUGAAAGACAAUAAACGUGCUGUGUUGUAUGGAGAACCCACAUUUGGGAAAGGCAAGAUUCAAUCAGUUUUUCAGCUAUCUGAUGGCUCUGGCUUAGCUGUUACAGUUGCUCGUUAUGAGACCCCUUCUCACACUAAUAUUGACAAGGUUGGUAUUGUUCCUGACCAUCCACUACCCAAAUCAUUCCCCAAGGACGAGGAGAGCUUUUGUGGCUGUCUCCAAGAACCUGCUUCUGCUUGCUACAUUGACAGAGUACAGCUCUUUGCUCGAUGACAGAUUCUUUUGUGUUUUUGACAUUUUCUUUUGUGGAAGGCAGCAAGAAUACUUUCACAAAUGUCGUUAAAGCAUUCUUUAGAUGGUUCAUCGAUUUUUAUCAGCGUUAACUAACAUUUUCGAAGAAUUUGAAAAAUGAAUUGAGAAACAGAUUCUUUUAUGUUUUUGACA